GAGAAAGAAGACAAGAUGCGAGAGAUCGUCCACAUUCAGGGCGGACAAUGCGGCAACCAAAUCGGAGCCAAGUUCUGGGAAGUGAUCUCAGAUGAGCAUGGUGUUGACCCCACGGGAACUUAUCAUGGUGAUUCCGACCUGCAGUUGGAGCGCAUCAACGUGUACUUCAACGAAGCCACAGGCGGUCGUUACGUUCCCCGUGCAGUGCUCAUGGAUUUGGAACCUGGCACAAUGGAUUCGGUACGUGCGGGACCUUAUGGACAGAUCUUUCGUCCAGACAACUUCGUGUUUGGUCAGACUGGUGCCGGUAACAACUGGGCUAAGGGCCAUUACACGGAAGGUGCAGAGCUGAUUGAUUCAGUUCUCGACGUGGUCCGCAAGGAAGCGGAAUCUUGUGACUGCUUGCAAGGAUUCCAGAUCUCUCACUCUUUGGGUGGUGGAACAGGCGCCGGUAUGGGAACACUGCUCAUCUCCAAGAUCCGUGAGGAGUAUCCUGACAGAAUCAUGCUCACUUUCUCAAUUGUUCCUUCACCAAAGGUGUCUGAUACGGUUGUUGAGCCCUACAAUGCCACCCUUUCUGUCCACCAGCUUGUUGAAAAUGCGGACGAGUGUUUCUGUAUCGACAACGAAGCCUUGUACGACAUUUGCUUCAGGACCUUGAAGCUCACGACGCCGACUUUUGGAGAUUUGAAUCAUCUUGUGUCGGCUGUGAUGUCUGGGGUCACUUGUUCCCUUCGAUUUCCUGGUCAGCUCAACUCUGAUCUGAGGAAGCUUGCUGUGAACAUUGUUCCUUUCCCCCGUCUGCACUUCUUCAUGGUGGGAUUUGCUCCCUUGACGUCACGUGGAUCACAACAAUAUCGGGCAUUGACUGUACCGGAGUUGACGCAGCAGAUGUUUGAUGCCAAGAACAUGAUGUGCGCCGCCGAUCCUAGGCAUGGUCGCUAUCUCACGGCUGCUGCUAUGUUCCGUGGUCGUAUGUCUACCAAGGAGGUUGAUGAGCAAAUGCUCAACGUCCAGAACAAGAACAGCUCUUACUUCGUGGAGUGGAUCCCCAACAACAUCAAGGCAUCUGUUUGCGACAUCCCACCCAAGGGCUUGAAGAUGGCUGUGAACUUUAUUGGAAACUCUACUGCAAUCCAGGAGAUGUUCAAGCGUGUCUCAGAACAGUUCACGGGUAUGUUCCGCCGCAAGGCCUUCCUUCACUGGUACACUGGUGAAGGUAUGGACGAAAUGGAGUUCACCGAGGCCGAAUCCAACAUGAAUGACCUUGUCUCCGAGUACCAACAGUACCAAGAUGCCACCGCCGAGGAGGAGGGUGAAUUUGAGGAGGAAGAGGAAGGGGAGGGAUUCUAAAUUUCCCAACACUUAACUAACAGAGUUUUGUAUUUUGUUUCCAUCUAGAUCUUUCCUAAUAGAGCUCGACAUAGUAUUGUACCAUUUGCGUGUAGUUUCAUUGAUUUGGAAUAGUUGUAUGGAAGUUUUGACUAACUCUGCAAAACCCUAAACUUUAGAUAAAAUUUUAAGGUUUCCUUCCA